AUGAAGCCUUUGGAUGCAGAAGUUGACCGAUACUCCACCGCUGUUGCUGGAGCAGGAGCUUCUGCUCUUGGCGAUGCGGCAGCAGCAGAUCAAGUGCCGGCUACAAGAGGGGCAGCAAUGGCAGCAACAAGGGCAUCAGCGAUAGAGACAGAAACGACUUCAGUAGCCGCAGCAGCAGCACUAGCUGACGUUUUGGGAGAUCUUCCGUCAGCCAAGCAAUUCUCAGAAGCAACCGGGAGGCCAGCAGAACCGGGGGACACAUCAACAGCCGCAGCAGCAGCAGCAGCACCCGAAGAAGGAGCGACAGUAGGGGUAAAAGCAUCUGUGCCAGGAGGGCCAGAUCUAUUUGGUUCGGGCGACGACGCGAGUGCCGACGCCUCUUUGGCGAGUGAUGAGGAUUUGUUCGGAGAUGACUUGUCUCCAGUUGCCUCUGCUGCAGAGAUAGCAGCAGCAGAGGCAACAGGAACCUCAGCAACAGCUGCCGCAGGAGCAACAGCAGCAGCAGCAGCAGGGGACUCAGAGAUGGGGUUGGCAGACGACGCUGUUGCAGAUGGUGGUGAGCAGAUGGGGAAGUUUGUGUUGGAGGAUCGAGCAAAAAAGGCAACUGAAGACCUGCCACUGCAGCACCUGGAGCUCGAAAGUACAAAGGCUCCGAAGUUUGCUAAUGGCAGCUCUAUAUUGACGUGGAGAGUCCCGCCUGUGCUCUCCCUCAUCACUGCAGCUGAUCAGAAGCUGCAGCAGCAAGGCUUUGCUAUCAAGUUCGCCUACGACAAAGAUGCAGCAGCUGCAGGAAAGCCAGCAUAUGGGAGCAACUGCCAGCUGGUGCAGUUUAGCGACGACUCCUACUGCCUCUUCGUGGACGACAAAGGCUUUGAAUGCAACGUCAGGAUCAAGAACGAUGUCUCUUACAUCUUCGAGUCAAAAGGGGUGUGUGAUUCAGUUUUCCAUUGGAUGCGGGGAGCCAUGUGUAGUGUACUGACAUCAUACAAGCGACUGCAAGUCGCCAUGCCCGCAGGCCUCGGAUCUGGGACGCUGUUUUCAAAGGGGAGACAAACAAACAGAGAACCAAUCAAGAGCAAAACGACCAUCACAGCAACCGAACUUCUCCAGCUGGCAGAGACAGCUGAGCAACAGUCGUAUCUAUCUCGUCAGGAGACCGCAAGAAGCCGUCGGGUCGUGGUGGAUUCUCAGAAGGGACUGACAAGGUGCUUCCUUGAAGCGGACGACUCCCAGCAAGAAGAUAACCAAGCAACAAGGACAGCAGGCGCAACAGCAGCAAGUGAACUGUACGGCCUGCCUGAUGCAGGUGCUUCUCUUGAGAAGAUAAAGGAGAGAUUUAAGCGCAGACGAUUCCUUGGAACACCCAAAGCCUGA